GUUUUUACCUGUCCUCCUCUCAGGGGGCUUCGUGCUGCUGGACGGUGAGACGUUCGAGGUGGUCGGGAACUGGGAGCACCCGGGGGAAGCGGCACCAUUUGGAUACGACUUCUGGUACCAGCCGCGACACAACGUGAUGAUCAGCACCGAGUGGGGGGCGCCCAAAGCUCUGGCCAAUGGGUUCAACCCGGACCACGUCAAGGAGGGACUGUACGGCAGCUCGCUCCACAUCUGGGACUGGACCAGCCACAGGAAGCUGCAAACGCUGGACCUUGGGGAAGACGGGGCGAUCCCCCUGGAGGUCCGGUUCCUCCACGACCCAGACGCCACCGAGGGCUACGUGGGAUGUGCUCUGAAGGGAUCCGUCUUCAGGUUCUACAAAACACCUGUCAGUACCACAGGGUUCUAGAUCCCAGUCAGACUUG